UUUUACUUCACCACACCUCAACGGCAAUAUUCCUAUUCAGCAACAUGAAACUCUUCACUACCUCGGCGUCUCUCAAUCGCGAGCUCCAGCCAUCGCCGGAAAUGAAAGAUUCAGUGACGGCCAUGGAGAAAAUCGUAGGUCACAACUUCAAGGACAAGAGACUUCUAGAGCAAGCUCUCACACACUCCUCCAUCACUUACUCUCCCUCAUAUAAGCGUCUCAAGGGGCUUGGCCAGGCCGCCCUUGAAAUCGCUAUGAGUAGGCACCUCUUUCUUGCUUACCCCAACAUUGAUCAAGGCAACUUAUCUAAGCUCUGCUCCGCCAAUGUUAAUAUGGUGAAGUUCGCAUGCGCCGCUGUUAAACAUGGUUUUUAUGGCUACCUUCGCCACAAUGCACCUGCUCUCGAUGAUAAGGUUGGGGAGUUUGCCAAAGCGGUAUCGGAAUGGAAUGAAAAAUAUGAGACGACGCUUGUAUAUGAUGGGACUAUACAACCCAGUCAUGUUCUUGGAGAUAUUGUCAAGUCAGUGGCAGCUGCUAUAUGUUAAGGAAUCUCCUACAUCAAAGGAGAUCAGUUCGUCAACAACACAAUCUGCUCCAUCAACUGCACAAUUGGAAUACAACCUGGACAGAAGGAAUAUUGCACGUGGCUGCAACAUUCCUUGACAGCAGACUACCACAUGGUACAGCUCAUGUGCUCUGAUGUGUUGCAGCAUGGACAGCAAGCACGCCACCUUUACAACAUUAGUUUAUUGCAUGUGUGUGUGUAAGAUGUAUAUAAAACAACCAAGCUCAUCAAAAUUCAAAUCAACAAAACAUAUCAAUUCUA